CGUCGCGUCCUCACCGUUGUCCGUUCCAGACGGUGUGGUCCAUUCGGCACUCCGCGACGCCCAUCAUCGGCCGCGCGGGCUCAGAUUCCCCAACCGCCCGCCGUCGUACGAUCCCUCGAGAAGAUGACGGCAGCGACUCCGACUCGGACGCCCAGAAGAGCCUCUUGGGCAUGGAACUCGCUUCCUUAUCCCAUCCCCAGAUCCGAGCGCUGGGGAAAAAAAUGUGUCUUGGAGGCGGCGCGAUUUUGAGCCUUCACGGGCUUCGUGGAUGUAAUGAUGUUCAAUAACGUAGCACUGUAGAAUUAUUGUCCUUUUUUUUGAAAGGGGAAUUGCGGAGUGGCUUCUCUGGAGUCAAGCGGCGUUGGACGCUCAGAUGCUUGCGAAGAGACUGGGACCGGAUGUCCGAGAAGGAAAGCGAAGGCAGUUCAAUUUCAUUGGGAAGUUGCUGCGAGAAGUGGAGCCUGAGUUAAUGGAUGCUUCAAUUGAGGCCACGGAAGAUGAUGACCAGAGCAGGCUGCGAGCUUUAUUGGUAUCGGAGGCUUGGGUUGGCAAAGAUAAUGACGAAAGAGAGAGAAGAUUUCGAACAUGGACACGGGGAAGAGGAGGGGAUACCUGGUUUUUAACUUCGUCGCUUCAAAAAAAAAAAAAAAAAAAAAAAAUAUCUGCAUUGCCUUCCGCUGCUACUCAAAGUUUCAUUUGCAUCCUCUUUGAGGAAAACGAGUUCAGCAUGUACGGGCGGUGUGAGAAGUCCGCUUCCCAAUCACCUAGAGAAGAAAGUUUCACCAGUACGUCAUUGAUUUGAUACUUAGUUGUAAAAAAACCAUUGGAAACACUCUUUGCUGGUUACAAAUCUCUUAAGCAUAC